CUAAGAAGUUGGAUAUUUCUUCCUGUUCCCAAGGCAAGAAAGACGUCCUCUAUGAAAAAGCAAGCACAGCCUUUGCCAGCCAAAAUGGAACCAGUGCAUAUUAUCCCCUAAUUCAGCCAUAUCUAGGUGGAGCUCCUGCUGAGGACCUGAAAAGGCUGGCUGGAUCUCAGGUUGCGAUGGAUAUUGCCACAUUUACUAAUCUGAAGCCAGAAGAGCUACAGAAACUGAGCGUCCAGGAUGUGAAAGGGUUGCUUGGUGUAAAUUUGCCUGAUUUGAAAGAAGUUGAGAAUGAUCCUUCGGUAGCCCUGUGGAUCAAGAGCCAUUUUCAGUCUGAGCUGGACACUCUUGAGAUUGGUCUGAGAGGAGGGAUGACCUCUCUGUCCUCCACAGCAACCAGCAUCACAGUAGCAGAUGCCUCCGAGUCUACAACACCCAUUGACACGCCAACAGCUGAUCCUCCUACUGCUCCCAGUACGGGGUCAACCUCAUUUGCCACAAGUGACUCAGUGACCUCUGGUGACAAUGCAGCAGUGUUCGCCAGCAGCAGUGCUGCUAUGCAACCCCUUUCGACGCCACUCUUUGAAACCAGCACUGCGGCCAAUGAAACCUCUUUUGUCUCCACCAACAUCACCCGCACAAGGAUCGCCAUAGAUCCCAGAGUUGCUUUCUCCACCCAAGUCCCAGCUAUCUCAUCCAGUGUCACAACUACUUCAGAUGAUACCAUCAGUGGAACAUCGGCCCCUACCACAGCAAGAGAUGUCAACACAACUACCUCUGGCAGAAGUUCAGCAGAUUCCAGCGACACCGGAACCGAUAGCACGACUUUACCUACCAUCCCGAUAGACUCCACCAUUGCAGUUUCCACCAAAAUAAUAGCUACCUCCUCCAAUGUCACAACUGCCUCAAAUGAUACUGUUGGCGGAAUACCUGACCCUACCUCUGCAACAGGCAUCAAUGUGACUGCCAGCACCACACCAGCCUCCAACUCCACCAUGAUCAAUGAUGCAAGUCUCCCUACCACUGCAGUGGACACAAACCUGACUGCCUCCACCAACACUACACCAGCCUCUGACACCACCACGUUCAACGAUACGAGUCUCCCUACCACUGCAAUGGAGACCAACCUGACUGCCACCACCAACACCACACCAGCCUCUGACACCACCACGUUCAAUGAUACAAGUCUCCCUACCACUGCAAUGGAGACCAACCUGACUGCCGCCACCAACACCACACCAGCCUCCGACACCACCACGUUCAACGAUACAAAUCUCCCUACCACUACAAUGGAGACCAACCUGACUGCCUCCACCAACACCACACCAGCCUCUGACACCACCACAUUCAACGAUACAAGUCUCCCUACCACUGCAAUGGAGACCAACCUGACUGCUGCCAUCAACACCACACCAGCCUCUGACACCACCACAACCAGCUAUACAAGUCUCCUUACCUCUGUCACCAAUGUGACUACUGUCAUCAGUGCAACUGUUUCCCACACACCUGCCAUCAGCACAAACCACACUUACAGUGCAAAUGCAACCACAGCUGGCACCAGCAAUGGAACUUCCACUACGCCUGGCAUGACUGCUACAUCUUCUGAAAGGCCUUCAGCACCACCUAAGCCCAUGCCAAAUGCCACAACCCCAGCACCCACCAGUGCAGCCACAAAAAUGAAGGAAACGAUGUCAACUGCUUCAAGCAAGACUACCGUUCAUGUCCCAGAAGCAUCCCCUAAGACAGGAGUCUCACUAGGGCCCGUCUCACCUCAAACCACAAGGAGAGCCACCAGCAGAACACCUUCGAGAACGAGACCACCAUUGCAGCCAACACCAAAUGGCUACAUCAAUGUUCAGCCACUAAGUGGCAAGCAAGAGGCAUUAUCGGAGUUCAAGGUCAAGGACACACUCCAGUCAUGCCAAAGCACUGGAGGGUGUGAGGCAGGGACGCCGGUGGGUGUGGCCUAG